UGGACCUUUUUUUCUCCAUCUUCUAGUUUUGUAUUUUGAGGAUGGGUGCCGCCUUCAAGAAGUUCUGUCUACGAUUCUGCUGUUGCUGCUGCUGUGAGGAUGACGAGGAGGAGGAAGAAAAGACACCUUUACUAAGUCACGACACGUUGGAAUAUUUCGAUCGCGAGGCGAAGAAAAGGCGGGACCAAGAGACCAACCUGUGGAACGAGCCCGGAGACCCCUCCCACUCCGAGAGAGACGACGACCGCACGCUCUACAACCUGCUGCAGACCCGAGCCCAAACCCGGCGAGGCUCUCAGGGCUACCGGCGUUUGAGCAUCGACAUCGAGGCCAUGAGAGACAUGAGGAGAGAGGUGCGAGAUAAGUGGAAGAUGAUCCUGGAGAAUCUGGGGUUCAUGGCUGAAGCCGAGUCUCUGCUGACUGUGUCUGCCACCGCAUCAUAUGACCGCAUGAGAAACGCAGCGGUCGCCCGCAGCCUGCUGCAGACCCUCCACACCGAGACGUCCAUAUUCAACCGCAAAGAGGCUCCACCUGAGAGAUACCUCUUCAUCCUGGACCGGCUGAUUUAUCUGGACGCUGCUGAGGAUUUUGUGGCCAAGGCUCGUCGCUUCUACCCUCCUAAAGAUGAUGAUGAUGAGGAAGAAGAGGAGAACACCAGUCAAAUAAAUCUUCCUCUGCUGCUGUCCCGCAUGAAUCAGAACAUCUCUGGAGGAGAGGACGAGGAUGAUGAGGGUGAGACCACAGGUCCAGAGGAGUGAUGUUUCCAGAAUCAGUUUGAGGGGUUGUGGAGGUACAUGGAUUUGGACUGAUGCCAGCUCGGUUCAAGGUGGAUAGGGACGGUGGAGAUUAAAUGGCACAGAUUUAAACCAUUUCUUAGUCAAAUGCUUUUUUUGAAGAAGAGGAGACCAUUUACAGAUUCAUUACAAUAGCUGCAGAACUGACAUUUUCUGAAUUAUAAGAUCAGUAGGAGAUUCUGGAUUACCGAGACGUGCUGAUAUUGUAAGUGUAAGAUGGUGAAUUUGAAUUUGAAACUGAAUUUGAAUAGAAAUUUAACUUUCUUUUGAAAUUUGUGUCAGUGUUUACAUUGAAUGCAGAUGCAUCAAACUGCUGAAACUAGUAAUUGAAUAAAAUCCUUUAUCAGCUCUCA